AUGAAUGAGGAGAAUCCUAGCUGCAUUGGUAACAACAAUGCAUCUCUUCUUGAGCACUUGGAAAUUUCUAAUUGUCCAUCCCUAAAAUGCGUAUCAACAAUAGUCGACCUAUCUGCCAUGCUUAAACGCCUUGAUAUUGCUGGUUGCCCAAAUCUAACAUCUUUAUCAUCAAAAGACAUCUUACCUACCACCCUUAAAGCCCUUUCUGUACAAGAUUGUCCAGAGCUGGAGUUAAUAGUAGACGAGUUACACAAGGACACGUUACUUGAAGAUCUUCUAAUUUGUAAUUGUGAAAAGCUUAGGCGCUUACCGAGAGGACUACACGAACUCUGUCACCUCAAAAAGAUCUAUUUACAAGAGCGUGAUAGUCUUAUUUCUAAUUGUCCAUCCCUAAAAUGCAUAUCCUUUCCGGAAGAGGGUUUCCACACCAACCUUAGAGAGCUUGGGGUGACAGGGGCGAAUCUCUGUAAGCAAAUAUUUGAGUUUGGACUGCACAGACUCACGUCGCUUACAUCUCUCUUUAUUGCGUUUGGAAUUAUGGAUUCGUUUCCAGAAGAGGAAGAUGGGAAGGCGAUGUUGAUGUUGCCUACAUCUCUCACUAUCCUGGGGUUUUUUAACUUUCCAAAUUUGGAAUUCCUCUCCUGGAAGUUCUUUCAAAACCUCUCUGCACUUGAACAUAUUUCUGUCCGUAAGUGCCCUAAACUCGCGUCCCUCUCAGAGAAGUGUUUUCCUCCCUCGCUUCAGCGACUUGACAUUUAUAGAUGUCCUGUGCUGAAACAAAACUGCGAGAAAGACAAAGGGAUAAUGUGGUCAAAGAUUGCCAAUAUCCCUUCGGUUGAAAUUGAUUUCGUGGAGCAGCAAAAAUAA